GGAGGUCACGUGUACCCGGAAGUAGAAGAAAGUAAACACAGCCGGUGUGGAGCCACCUCGGACCGGCGACAUGAGCUCGGUUUCGCCCCAGAGGAGCGUCGCCCUGGCGGCGUUCAGCCUGCUGCUGACCCGCCUGGCCCACUGCUCGGCCUCCGCCCGGGACACGCCGACCAUCGCCGGAUACUUCGGCACCAAGGGCCGCUACGAGGAGGUGAACCCGCACCUGCUGCGGGACAUCCUGGCCGUCAACAGGUCGGUUCUGAGGGCACCGGAGAGCGAGCGGUGCCGCCCGGUGUUUCUGUCCGCCGUCAUCCGGCACGGCAGCCGCUACCCGACCGUGAAGAACAUCCGGAGGAUCCGGCGGCUGUACGAGCUGGUGCGGGCGGAGGCUGCGAGCCCCGCGGCCUGGCUGGAGGAGAUCCGGAGCGGCUGGGACAUGUGGUACACCGACGACAUGGACGGCCAGCUGGUGGAGAAGGGCCGCUCUGACCUCAGGAACCUGGCCCGGCGGCUGGCCGCGCUGCUGCCGUCGCUGCUGUCCGAGGAGAACCUGCGGCGGCGGAGGAUCCGCUUCCUGAGCAGCUCCAAGCACCGCUGCCUGGCCAGCAUGGAGGCCUUCCAGGAGGGGCUGCACCUGCACUGGGGGGCGACAGAUGUGGGCUUCCAGCACGUGGUGAACGACGAGCUGAUGCGUUUCUUCGAGCGUUGCCGUGGUUACGUGGACGGCGUGGAGAACAACCGCUCUGCGCUGGUGGAGGUGGAGAAGUUCAAAGGCGGCGAGGAGAUGGAGGCGGUGAGGAGGAGGAUGGCCGAGCGGCUGGGCCUUCCUCCCCACCGCCUCACGCCCGACCUGGUGGAAGCCGCCUUCUUCCUGUGUUCCUACGAGUUUUCCAUCAGAUCCCUGAACUCGCCCUGGUGCUUCCUGUUCGACGAGAACGACGCCAAAGUGUUGGAGUACAAGUCGGACCUGAAGCAGUUCUGGAAGCGAGCUCACGGUCACCAGAUCAACAGCAGGUCCAGCUGCGCUCUGCUGCAGGACGUCUUCAGAGAGCUGCAGGCGGCCGGCGCCAGGUCGGACGGCCCAGGCUCCGCCUCCAUCCAGCUGGGCCACGCCGAGACGCUGCUGCCGCUGCUCGCCCUGCUGGGCCUGUACCGAGACCCCGCCCCCCCCGCCGCCCACAACUACCACACACAGCACGGCAGAAGUUUCCGGACCAGCCGGAUCGUCCCGUACGCCGCCAACCUGCUGUUCGUCCUGUACGACUGCCGGCCGGCCGCCCGCCUGCAGCUGCUGCUCAACGAGUCGCCGGUUCGAUUCCCGGGCCUGCAGGAGGACGCCCCGCUGCUGCGGGACGUCCUGGCGGCGUACCGCCACCUGCUGGACGGCUGCGACGUCGACAAGGAGUGUGAGGUGAAGCCCGGCCACCGGCCCAACAACGAGCUCUGAGCUGCACCCGGCUCAGAUUACAGGAGUCCCAUCACAGCAUCCAGAUUAUAUGAUUCUGAUUACACCAUAUAGGGUUCAUAUUACUAAAUUCAGAUUAUCAGGGUUCAGAUUACAGGGUUCAGAUCAUGGAUUUCAGAUUUUCAAGAUUGAGAUUACACCAUUCAGAUUAUAGGGUUCAUAUUACAAGAUUGUUAUUAGAGAACUCUUUAGAGAUUUUUAGGAUUAAGAUUACAGGGUUCAGAUUACAGGGUUCAGAUUAAGUUCAGUCUGAUCAGAGGAGAGGUGAUCAAUAAAUCAAUAAACACUCACUCCUGUGUAAACGGGGCAACCGGUUACCUCAGAUUUAAUCCAACGUGUUAAUCUCUGGCAGAUUAUUAUUAUUAUGACGUGAGGUACCAUGGAUAUGUAAAGCCGACACACUCGAUCGGGUUUUGUGUUUUUAUUGUUUUGAAGUUUAAAUCUUCAGUUAGAGUGGAUUAAAGGGCCAAUAAGUGCUGAGUACUGACCUCUGCUGGUCAGCAGCAGGAAUUACAACACUGAUCAAACUCAGGGGGGAGGAGUCGAGCUCUGUGACACUUUAUUUUGUUUCCUCCCGUGACGAGGAGAAACGAACAAACCAAAAAAAACUGAGCAGAGUAACUGACAGACGACAGACUGACGCCUGGAGAACUGAGAAACAUCUGGUCAGAUUAGAUCAGAUUAGAUCUGAUCAGAUCACAUGAUCCGAUGUGAUCAGGGCUGAGGAGGAGGGUGUGACGUUCUGAGAC